AUGCAAGACGCGCUGGCAGGCCGAGUCAACUUCACAGCUGGCGAGGCUUAUGGGGGCGGCGCCGGCCUGAGUCUUGAGGAUGUCCUCAUGGGAGCCGGUCUCAUGAAUCCAGACCCGCUCGAGGAGGAGCUCCCGCCGCAUAUGGACGAUUUAGAUUUGUCAGGCGAUAAUGAGCGAUUGAUAUGUGUUGCACAGGAUAUCUCGGACUCUAUCUUUGGGACCUCGCAUGGCGCAAGUACCAACCCGGAUUUGUCGUACUUCCCAUAUCCCAACAAGAGCAUGAUGAAGACCGACAUUCUCUUUAGCUCACCACGAAUGCGUUUCUCUCGUCAACAAAAGGAGGCAAUUCUGGCGUGGGGGAAGUCCCUCGGAGCGAAGGAUGUCCCAUCUUUACAUCGCGUCGACAAAUUCCAGGAUGAGGCUCUCGCGGCUGUGGGAAAUCCGACCGCCAAAGUAAAAACAGACUCCGGGAACAUUUUCUAUACCAACAAGAUUGCGGCUGCGUUGUCAAAGGACUAUGCGCAUCCAGAGACGAGACGUAAGAUGCACCUGCUCCCGGAGUUCGUGCCCAAUGGAAAGCCAAUCACCGAGGUCUGGCAGACGAAGAAGUGGCUCGUCGACGUGCCUGAUGAUCUCCUGACACCAAUGGUCCGUAUCCAUCGGAAGGAUUUCUACGUUCAUGAGCUGGUCUAUUGUAGUGACGGAACAUGGUUCUUACCUCAACGGUUCUUCGAGUUGGAGGGUAAUCCUUGGUCUCUCGGUCUUGUUGCGCAAUCAACAGAGAACGGCCUGGUCGUCUCUGAUAACCGAGAGUUCAAGAACUGCGACCUCUUUGACGCAUCCUGGCCAGAAAUAGAAGCAAGCAAUGCAAAGAGGAAUCUUUUCGCACCCCAGAGUGCUCACCAUGCCACGAAAAUGCCAAACCCAAACCGCGAGAGGGCACAAGGGCUCGAGUGGGAGUGCCCGCCUAUCGUGGUCUUCAUAGACGAUGUGUCUGGGAACAGCACGAAGCAAUGGAACGUCCACUACUCCUGCUAUCUGUCGAACGGUUCAUUACCCCGGGCUGAACUUGAGCGAGACUGCAACAUACGAUUCGUGGCCACUUCACCGCAUGCCUCACCGAUGGAGAUCAUCUCAGCAGUGUGCGAUGAAGGUAUCUAUGAGUCCGAACUGGGCGCGAUCCGCGUCUGGGACUCCGUCAAGGAACGACACAUCCUGAUUCGGCCGUGGUUACUAUUUCUGCCCGGCGACAACCCAAUGCAAGCGGAACUCUGUAGCCACAUCGGGCUGAAGGGUAACUUCUUCUGUCGCACGUGCCACGUUGGCGGCAGUCAAGAGUUCAAACAGUCCAAUGAGGGAUUUCCUAGUCUAACAAAGAUAGGACGUCCACGAACAGUGGAAGAGACUCAGCAGGCCGUCCUCCAACAGCUUGUAGACGCGACGCACGCUGCCGCUGACAAAGCCCUGAAGGAAUCAAUCUCAUCUAGUGGCGUGAAGGACUCGUUUGCAAUGCCCGUGAUCAAUCGUCUUGUGGCAAUUGGGAAGGCCCUGCGCAAGUCAACACCACAGCGGAAGGCUCUGAGCCCCGAGGCCGUGAACAAGCACCUGUACGAGGAGCUGUUGAAGCGGAAGGACUUGACUGUUAUCAAUCCGCUCCUCCGAAUGGAAGGUUUCGACGUGCACCAGGACACGCCCGUCGAGGCAUUGCACACCCAUCUUCUAGGUGCAGUCAAGUACUUCUGGAGCCAGACGGUGUGGAUCCUGGAGAAACAAGGCAAACUCGGGACUUUUCAGGCGCGAUUGGGCUCGCUCGCGCAGUCGGGAUUGAACAUCCCCAAUAUCAUGGCCGACUACAUGUGCCGGUAUCGCGGGUCUCUCAUCGGGAAGCACUUCAAGACCCUGAGCCAAGUCAUGUCGUUUGCCAUCUGCGGAUUGGUUGAACAAAGACUUCUCGAUGCCUGGCUGACACUCGGACGUCUCACGGCACUGAUAUGGGAGACCGAGAUCACUGACAUGAGGGAAUACACCAACAUGCUUCAGACGACGAUUCAAGACCUCAUCGAUCACGCUGCUGUCCUUAGCCCAAGCCUUCUGACACUCAAGAACAAACUCCACAUUCUUCUCCAUCUCCCGGCUGCUGUCGAACGCUUCGGGCCGGCUCUCCUUUUCUCGACUGAGCGUUACGAGUCGUUCAACCGCAUUUUCCGCUUAUGUUCAAUUCACAGCAAUCGACAGGCUCCUAGUCGUGAUAUCGCGACAGCCUUCGCAAACCAGGAUAGAUGUCGCCACAUGGUUACUGGCGGAUUCUGGUUUGACAAGCACACGAGCCAAUGGGUUUGCGCCAGUCCUUCAGUGCGCGAACAUAUCCAGAACGACCAGAUUGACCGUCGCCUCCUUGGUGUAGACACUCCCGAGCCUCGUACACCGGGCGCACUCACUUUUCCCACUCGGACAAGUCGUCAGGAGAAGCGUGUCGCAGCGUCGUGGGCUGCAACAAAAGCCGGUCGCGCGGGAUUCCAAGAGCCAGCACCCGGCUCUUGGGAGACGGCCAAUGCGAUCGUUACCUUGACGGGCGACACAGCACCCAUAGGCAGCGAAGUUCUUGUACGCCACGGAUCAGAAGCACAAGAUUCGGCCUUGACGUUCGCAUCAAUAACUGAGAUUCUCUCACGCACACAGACAGAUGGUCAAGCACGCAUCAUCGGUAUCCUUGUUCGCAAAUCACGACUGGAUUUGGCGCUCCAUCCGCUUCUCAAAAUGCCCCUCAUCCACCGUGACAGCGAGAUGGCGCUGUUAAACCCUGAAGAUGUCAUCUGUGCUAUCAAUGUUCAGCACGACUGCAACCUCCAUGGAUGCACGGAUACUAACAACCAGCCUCGGAGACAGGAGCGCGAGGCGACAGACCAAUUGUCUCGCGCCGUCACCCACCAUGAUACCGUUGACUUCAUUGUCAACAUGCACUCAUUGCAUAAUCAAAAGUAUCUUCGGGCGGCUCUCCCGGCCGUCCUCCUGGACGUGACCCUUUCAUUUGCAGAUCGAGACAGCCUCCUACGCCAAGCCGCCGAAUCCCUACGUGACCAAAAGCUCCAGAAGCAGCUUGCCAAGGAUGCAGCUGCUCAGAAACGCGCUGAAGAUGCUCUCAGUGGCGCUGGACUCCUCGAUAUUGCCUUGGAGGAUGAGGAUGCCGACAAUGUGGUCACACAAACUGAUCUCGAUGCCGCUCCUGCUCAUGCCCCAGUACCUCAAUCGUCUUCAAUGGAUGCCAGUAUGGACUUGGACUCAAUCUCCCUCACCCUUGACGCAGCUCUCGCACCGCGAGGCCCUCGACAGCGACGACCAGAACCACCAUCGAAUGCUCGUGCCCGUGGACGUGGGCGUGGGCGUGGAAACGCGGCGCAACGUGGGCGCAAUGCUCGUGGAACGCAGGGCGAGAUCAUCGCACCCAUAUUUCUCGUCAGUCCUACGGUUUCAAUAAUGGAACACAUGCCACUCACCACUUCGUACUUCACAGCCGCAACUGGAAAUCCAGCUGACAGUCACGGUGGCCCAUGGAUGACGACAGCCUCAGCACCGCUGCCAGGUGGCGGCCUCGGCAGUCACCCUGAGAACAUCACGCCGCCUCCCGCUGCAGUCCCCAUUAUACCGCAGAGUCGUGGCACUUCCUCGGGCCUCGGUAGCGCAUUUCUUCCGCCGACCUCUCUGUCACGUACAUGGAUCGAACAGAGGGCUCGUCAGGGUGGGUUGGACGAAGAACAAAUCAAAGAAGUGCUCGCCUUUGGUCUGCUGACCUAUCCAGAGAUGUUGAUUGACCUCAAGAUCCAGAACUAUCAGAUUGUGAAUGACACUCUCAAGCGAUACCUCAGGAUGAUCAUUCGUCACCCGACGUUCACGCAACGUACCAGGCAGAUCUCCGCUGCGUUCCUACUCGCGCCCUCUAUCGCUGCAUAUCUCGCGGGACUACUGAAUCAUGUAUUGGACUGGGUUUCCGAAAACCUUGGUAUCCUCUAUCUUACUCCCGGUAGCAGAAACGACCCCUCAGAGUGGAGUUCAAUCCGGACAGCAUUCUCGAAGGAGCUUGCCAGCUUGAGGAACAAUAUGAAGAAUGCGCUUGAAUUGUCUGUCAGGAACAAGAAGGACAUCUACCAACUCACCAAGUCGUUGAUGACGUACGAUCUCAAGCCCACUUCAGAACAUUGGGGCCGUUUUGCUUUCCUUCGCGCAUGCGUCCCGCAAUUCAAGGCCAGAGUGACCGUGGAUCCUGAGACCAAGGUCUCGUUCUGGGAUCACGUUGAUCUCGCCUUGGACGACAUUCGUAAGGCUUACAAGCACAUCACGCCCGAGAGCGCCCGACAGCUGGCGAUCAACGGAUUUUUUAGGUCGAUAUUGACCGCGGACCAAAUCCAAUACCCCAUGAAGUCGAGCCCAGCUCUUCACGUGUCGUACAUUGCGGUGCAACUCACCGAAAUCCAACGGAAUGUAUCUAACUCGGCCAGCCGCAUGGAAGUCAAUUUGUCGGCGGCUGGAGCCACGGUUUCUGAACCUGCCGAUGAAGAGAAUUACGCCGACAAUGAGAUGGAGCUCGACGAGGACGCUGGGCCGGCGUAAGGCAUUGUGGCUCGCUGCGAGUGGCCACAGUAAUCGUACGGACUCGGAUUACAUGUUUCCAAUUAUCAAUCAAAGAGCAGAUACUCAUUGAG